AUGGUUUUUGAACUUAAGCUUACUGGCACUAUUGUCGUCACCGGUGGUAACCGUGGUAUCGGUCUCGGUAUCUCGCGUGCUUGUGCCCAGGCUGGCGCCAACAUCGCUGUGCUGUACCACAGCAACCCUGAGGCUGAGAAGGCUGCCGAGAACAUCGCCAAGGAGUUCGGUGUCAAGUGCAAGGCCUACAAGUGUGAUGUCAGCGAUGCUGAUCUCGUGAAGAAGACCAUCAAGCAGGCUGAAGAGGAGCUUGGCCAGGUCACUGGUCUCGCUGCGAACGCUGGUGUGUCGGUUGUCAAGCCGGCUUUGGAGCUUACCCCUGAUGACUUCCACAAGGUGUUCAACGUGAACGUCUUGGGUGUGUUCAACGCUUGCCAGGCUAUGGCUAAGCACUGGGUGGAGACUGGUUACGAGAAGGGCUCGAUUGUCGUGACCUCGUCGAUGAGCGCUGAGAUUUACAACCAAAAGGGCUUGAACGACCCGCUCACCCAGGUGUUCUACAACUCGUCCAAGGGUGCCGCUACCAACAUGGUGAAGGGUCUUGCUGGUGAGUUUGCCAAGUACAAGAUCCGUGUCAACGCUCUGGAGCCUGGCUUCUGCAACACUGAGCAGACCAGUGGCAUGGACAAGUCAAUCCGUGACUACCAGGCCUCGAGCGUGCCGAUGGGCCGCUUCAGUGAGCCUUCGGAGCAGGCUGGCCCGGCUGUAUUCCUGCUGAGCGAGCAUGCUAGCUACAUGACUGGUACCCAGAUCCGCCCUGAUGGUGGUUUCACUCUGUGGUAA